AUGUCAGCGGUCGUGCCAAUCUUGAAGCAGGGGCUCUGGGAGCGACCGUACGUGCCCGAGGAGGUGCCAGAGGAACUGCAGGGCCAUCUCAGCCAAGAAGACUACCUUCAGGUGAAAGGUGAGCUGGAUCAGCUGGUGCAACGAGCAGCCAAAGAAAGGAGGUUUGCCAUCAUGCGAGGCCUUGCCCUCUUUCUGUUCUUUUUUGCAGCUGCUGUUCCCUUCAUGGUCCUCGCCGCUAUGGGAACCGUACUGGACAGUGUCAUGAACUUUGCGUUCUUUGCGAUCUCCUCCGUGUGCGGCUUCUGCUCAGUCCCUUGCGCCUACAGCGCCCUUUACGCUGCCACUGCGCCGCUCAGCAGGGGUCUGGGACCCAUCUUUUUGGCCAGGGCAACCUUCAACCAGCUUCAUCGCCAGUAUCCGGGCAUCCGCUGGGAAUGGGCGGAAAUCGAUGGGGUCACGGCCUUUCAGGCAACUCUGGCGGCCGCGGAUCCGGAAGCUGGAAUGUACCUCCUGGUCUUGGCGCGCAUGUAUCGAUCGGCACAGGACACCGGCCAGGAGGGUGAGAUGCACGAGGCACUCUCAAGCAAAGCCCGCCGCAUGGCUAACUUGCUCGUCCCGGACCUGCUGCUGAUGACUCUGGUGUCGGAGCCGGGACGAGGGGGUCUUCUCCAUCUGCACGAGCUGUUCCAGAGCCCGCUGUUGAGGGCAUCGAAUCACUCGGCAAUGCCGGAGGGGUGUGGUGAUCUUGCCAAUGAGGACAACUAUGAAUUUGAGUACCUGGCUGCCUGUGCCUGGCUGCCUCUGCAGAGCAAGCAGGCCUCCUAUGCGGUCCCUCUGCCCGCGCCCCUGGCCGUUGGCAAGGGCCUCCGGUUCUUCGGCUCGGAGGAGGAAGAGGAGAAUGAUGCUGGGGUGCUCUUCGGCCUGUCUCCUACCUGCAAGCCCGGCGAGUACCUCCUGUCUGUGCGUCAUUUCUGGAAGAUGGCUACCCUGAAUCUCUACAUGACCACAACUUUGCGGAGCGUUUGUGGGCGGGUGCCGCACGUCCACCUCGUUCCCCACAGCCACUUCGAGACCUCUGGACUCUGCACUAACCAUGCGACUCUCUUCAUGGACCACGUGGUGGCCGUGGUGACUUCUGCCACCUUUGACACCGUCGACCACCGCCCCGGCGACGUGCUGAGGAGCACGUGCCAGCUCGCGUACGCGCGAGGGGCCCAGCGCUACCUUCUUCCGGGCCAAGGGCGCCUCCAUCUUGCGGCCAUCCCCAAUGCCCACGACCCAAGCCGCGCAUAUUCCGUGCACGGGGCCCGGUGCUUUCAUGCCGGGGUCUUGCGCAUGAGGCGGCAGAUUUACAUCAACGUCUUCAACCAGUCGGGGCACAAGCUUUCUGCCAAGAUUCCUGAGAUGGGAGGGUGCAGCAAGGCGGGGUGUGAUCUGCGACGGAUCGUGAUCAAGCAGAACUUUCUGUACUUCCUGCUGGGCGGCGAUGUCAAGCGAGCGCCAUUGCGUCUCACGCUGAUUCCUGGGAAAGGCAGGCGGAUCAACCUUCCGAUUGACCUCAAGGUCCAGAAGGAGGUCGUGCUGGGCGAUGCCGACGACUUCACCAUCCAGAACGGCCGUCUGUACACCGUCACCUAUGCCAGUGGCAAAGUGUCGGUUUACAAGUCGCUGACGCUGGAGCCCUUGGCGGACAGAGAGCUGGCACUCGGCACCUCCCCGGGCUCGCAGCCGGAGACUCCCAAGGAGCCGGCGCUGGCCGUUCACCACGGGCAGCUGGUCAUUGCUGGCGCUCGCAAGCUUUACAUCGUCAGAGCCGCGGAAGAGUCGCUUGCACUGGUCGAGGACAUCGGCCUCGCGGAAGGGGGGCAGGAGAGCAGGAGGCCCGAAAUGCUGGGUCUGAAUGGCGGCGUCGCGCUGGUCGCCUGGACGUCGCUUGCAGACGAAAGCGACGUCACGUUCUUGCUCCAACCCGUGGACCCCGGCAGCAACAAGACCGGGCAGCGCCUGCACGACCUGGAUGCCGCAGGCCUCGGAGUUGCUGCGCUCCCGCGGCCCACCAUGGGCUUCGGCUCCCUGUACUACGCGAGGGGCGAGGAGCUCGUUCGCCGAGACCUGAACACGGGCGCAGAGAAGGUCACCGAGAUGCCGCCCAGCAAGGCCCUGAGCAUCUCUGCCUGGGCCAGCGAGCUUUUCGUCAUCGCCCCGAGAGGCUCCAAUACCACUUAG